GUAAUCACUUUGCAUUCUUCGCCUUCUGGGGUCAGGACCUCGACACCUUCACCACACCGCUAGAGUGCGGACGAGAGUUCAGGGUCAAGUUCGACAAGGACACUAACUUCCUUGGCCGCGAGGCGUUGCUCCAGCAGCGUCAGGAGGGAGUGUUCCGCCGGUUCGUAAUGCUCGUCCUGGAAGACCACGACACGGAGCUGGACCUGUGGCCGUGGUGGGGCGAGCCCGUUUACCGCAGCGGUCAGCUGGCUGGAACAACCACCAGCAGCGCCUACAGCUACACUCUGGAGCGCCACGUCUGCCUGGGCUUUGUGUCUCCGCCCCCAGGCCCAGAGGGCCUCCCCACGCCCAUCACCCCCGACUUCAUCAACCGUGGCGAUUACGAGGUAGACAUAGCGGGACAGCGCUACCCAGCCAAAGCAAAGCUCUACCCCUUCAGCUCCCUCUUCGCCCAACAGAAACGGCGCAAGGAGGACAUGGAGCUCAGCAACUUCCAGGGAAAGUGAGGCAGCGGUGGGAUCAGUUUCCUCCGACACUCCUUAGAUCACAUCCACUCCAGAUCCCACCCAGUGCCAAUGUCUGCUCCAUUUCUGCCACCAUACGAUGGGCUGGCUGUACAAGCACUCCCCGUUAAUCCUCUAAUAUUUAAAUUUCAUGUUUCAUCCUCUGCUUUUAAAGUGCAAUAUUUAAGAACCUAUUGCUUGAAUUCUCAUAAUAAUAAAACCCAGUUUGUUUUUCCCACCAUGUGCAGAUCCUGACUGCAGUGCUGCUGCAGUCAUUUGCCUUUCUCAAGGCAAGAUCAACACUAGCUGUUGCAGACUAUAUUCACUGACCUUUAACCCGUCCUGAAGGAGUUUAUAUACCGACAGCUUCAACUGCUGCACAUUCUGAAAGAAGCUCAGUGCAAUUUCAAAGUUUUACUAGCUGUAAAUCUGCUGCUGCUGAUUCAGAUCCUUUAUAUUCUCCGCCUUAAAACGCUUUUAUGUCAAACUAAUUUUCUGUAAAUGGGAUGCUGAGGGUCUGCAGACCGGUCCGCCCGCUGCGCCUCGCCUCAUCCUGCUGCAAACACUUCCUGAAACUCCAAAUCAGGACAGCUUCUUCCUUCUCUGUCGUUAUCCGCCGAGAGCUGCUGUAGUGUUUUUAAAUGUGUGCUCCGAUGGUGAAAAACAUAUUUAUGUUCUCCAUUUUGUUUGGUUCUCUUGAAACUUUGAUGCACUUUGGAGGUUUUGGUUGAGUUUUGUUGAAUAUGCGGCUGAUAGGAGAGCAAACCGGCCCUCGUAUUCGUGCUGUUUUCAGUCCUGCAUAUGUAAGAGUUUGGAGAUAUAUUCGUGUAAAAGCAAAGAUUUCAUUGCUGUUUCAAAUAAAU